AUGAACACCUCCAUGAAGCGGACUUCGAUUACUUCAAUUUAAAGCAAACCAUACUCUCGAGUGAUCUUGUAAUUAAGAGUCAAUCUUGGCGACGACCAUUGCCGCGCAUUCGGCCGCCAGGCGCUUAAAGCACGUGUCGGUAGCCAAUGGAAACAUGUUUCUUCCUCGCGUCGCACACGUCGCUCGAGACGCGCCUACCUUUGAUUUCCAUUCUGUCUUUGCGCUCACCACACUCACCAGCCGAGUUGGAGACGUCGACCGACCUCAGCAAUCGCCCUUGAAUCGCCCCACACACUCUUUUGCUUCGACCGGCUAGUCAUCGAUGACAUCCAACUUCUGGGACUGCUGCGUAGGGCUGGUCAAAAGAUGGAAUGUACUGUCUCCAUCGUUCACUUGGCCCUACAGCUACAAAGUCUCUCACAACCUCCAGAUGCAUCCGCUCCCACAAGCAUCACCUUAUAUCGUACGAAGGUUUUGGGGAAUCGUUCACAGAAAACUGCUGAGGUUGUCUCGACUGUAUUGUCGCUGGCAUGGAAUUCCGUUCGAUGGCCAGAUCAUGCAGCUUCCCUUCGGACUUAUCCUCAAGUGGUCAGAUGGGACACGCGCCGAAGAGGUCUUGGCCAUGGAGGCCGCUCGCAGAGCUGGUAUGCCCGUGCCGCGGGUCAUAUGUUAUGGCGAACAACCCGACAGCCCACACGCCCCUGUCUCGAUCCUCAUGACACGAUUGCCUGGACGCGAACUCGGUAGAGUCUACGAAGAUCUCGAUGUCGCCGAGAGGGAUGCUAUUUUGAAUGAGAUGAAUGCCUAUCUUUCAUCCAUGCGGCAGUGGAAGAGCCCUUGGGGCCGAGAGCGGAUAUGUUCAUCAUCGGGGACAUCUAUCAGAAGUGUUCGGGUACCUUUCACUACGAUGGGUCCUUUCGAGACGGAGGACCAGAUGAAUGACUAUCUCCUUUUCCCAGCUGGACAUGAUGCAUACGAUACCGAGGAAGAUUAUCCCAGUCUCAAGAAAGAGAUAGAAAAGCUUUUCUCAGACAAGCAUCGUAUAGUCUACACCCAUGGAGACCUCAAGCACCACAAUAUCCUGAUCCAUGAAGGACAUGUCUCUGGCUUCAUCGAUUGGGAAUCUGCGGGCUGGUAUCCGGAGUACUGGGAGUUUACCACUGCUCUCAGAUUCCAGCGUGAAGAUUUUUGGUGGUACGAUUUUGUUGUCAGACUUGGAGGCCACAGAUACACCGUCUAUCGAGACGCAGAGAGAGCACUCAUAACUUUGACGGGCGGAUGGUGUGUUGGAUGGUGAUCGCACAUGAAACAUAGAAUCAGGUCUGAAAGGCUGUAUUCGAGAAUAACUACAGAGCAACUGAAACAAAAACGCUUUCCAGUGAGCGAGUGUCAUGAUAUCUCCUCCGGCCAUCCCUGAAAUCCCGAUCUGAACAAUUUUCGACACUGUCGCUAGAAACUCACAUGUCAGCCCGACGCCUAUGGCGUUCUUGUGGUGCUGAAGAAUGAACCGACCUCAUGCAGCAUUGCAAAUCAUGCCGACGUUAAAGUCCGCAUAGGUCAGAGCGGUGUGUGGGACGAGGCUGUUGACAAUCAGCUGCCGCCAGAGCAUUGGCAUUGCCCCAAGACAGCAACUCAUAUUCGAGGGACGUGAGGUCGUUGCACUCCAAGAGUACUUGUCCACUAUGAGGUUUCUGCAACAACUCCAG